AUGACAGAAGCAUCGAGAGAACCUGACCUCGCGGAUCCCGAAAAUCCUGACAAAACAACGUUGAACGUAACAUCAGCAUCUAAUAAAACGAAGCCGCUACCAGAGCGUGGUACAUGGAGCACUAAGCUAGAUUUCAUUCUGAGCGUGGUUGGCCUAGCAAUCGGUCUGGGAAACGUUUGGAGAUUUCCGUAUCUAUGUUACAAGAACGGCGGUGGCGCUUUUUUAAUUCCAUAUUUUCUGACACUGGUUCUCGCUGGAAUUCCAAUGUUUUUUAUGGAAUUGGCCCUUGGUCAGAUGCUCACCGUUGGCGGCCUCGGUGUCUUCAAAAUAGCGCCCCUUUUUAAGGGUAUCGGAUACGCUGCCGCAGUCAUGUCCUGUUGGAUGAACGUUUACUACAUCGUUAUCCUCGCCUGGGCAAUCUUCUACUUUUUCAUGUCCAUGCGUAGUGAAUUGCCAUGGGGAAGUUGUAACAAUUCUUGGAACACGAAAAACUGCGUGAAUCCAUACGACAGAGAUUCGUUAUUUUGCUGGUUCGAGCUGACCGCGCAAAAUAAUGUUGUUAAAAUGUGUUCCGUUAACGACGUCAAUGUGACGAUCUCCGAGCUCACUGAUCCGGUCAAAGAAUUUUGGGAACGUCGAGCACUUCAGAUCAGCGAUGGCGUGGAGCACGUGGGGAAUAUUCGUUGGGAAUUAGCCGGUACUCUCCUUUUGGUCUGGAUUCUCUGCUAUUUUUGCAUCUGGAAAGGCGUCAAGUGGACUGGAAAAGUGGUGUACUUCACAUCUUUAUUCCCCUAUGUUUUGCUAACGAUCCUUUUGAUUCGGGGAAUCACUUUACCUGGAGCCAUGGAAGGGAUUCAAUUUUACAUUAGUCCGAAUCUAUCGAAGUUAAAAGAAUCAGAGGUGUGGAUAGACGCGGUUACUCAAAUUUUCUUCUCAUACGGUUUGGGUUUAGGCACACUGGUAGCUCUUGGUAGCUAUAACAGAUUUACGAACAACGUUUAUAAGGACGCUUUAAUUGUCUGUUCGGUGAAUUCUUCGACGAGUAUGUUCGCUGGGUUCGUCAUAUUUUCCGUGGUAGGAUUCAUGGCCCACGAGCAGCAAAAACCUGUCGCAGAAGUCGCUGCUUCCGGUCCAGGAUUGGCUUUCCUAGCAUAUCCUUCCGCUGUUCUUCAACUUCCUGGAGCGCCACUUUGGUCUUGCCUGUUCUUCUUUAUGCUACUUCUCAUAGGUUUAGAUUCGCAGUUCUGUACCAUGGAAGGGUUUGUCACUGCUAUGGUGGACGAAUGGCCGCAGUUGCUUCGUCGACGUAAAGAACUCUUUAUCGCCAUCGUAUGUGUACUUUCAUACAUUAUCGGAUUAUCUUGCAUCUCGCAAGGUGGUAUGUACGUUUUCCAAAUUCUGGACUCGUAUGCAGUUUCUGGAUUCUGUCUUCUUUUCUUAAUAUUCUUCGAGUGCAUCUCGAUAAGCUGGGCAUUUGGCGUCAAUCGAUUCUACGAUGCUCUCAGAGACAUGAUAGGAUAUUAUCCUCUUAUGUGGUGGAAACUUUGUUGGACUAUUACCACUCCCAUGAUUUGUGUCGGCGUGUUCAUCUUCAAUCUCGUACAGUGGACACCUGUAAAAUAUUUAGAUUAUGAAUAUCCAUGGUGGUCACAUGUGCUUGGCUGGAUGACGGCGUUAUCUUCGAUGCUUUGCAUACCUGGUUACAUGAUUUAUGCCUGGAUGACAACGCCAGGAGAUAGGUCUACGAAAUACAAGUUGUUAGUACGAAUAGAGGACGAUGUAACAAGUCUGCGAAUGAAAAUGGGUCAGCCAUCGGUCGAACUGACACCACUUUAA